AUGAUGGGGGUGAUGCUGAUAUUUUUGGCUCGUGUGUGUACAAAAAUCAAAAUUCAACUUUGUAAAAACACUCGUUCCAUCCAACAAUCUCCGAUCUUGAUCAAUUCUUCCUUUUCAAGCACAGGUAUGGAAUAUAAAAGGAGCACAACGUCAAUGACGCCGGAUCAUAAUGGGAAAGCGGGAGUUGGAAUGGUAGCCAAUCCGAUGCCGUUUCUCACUCCUAGACCCGAGCGGAGGCGUCCGGAAUCUAGAGGUAUCGAUUGGAAUUCUAGUAAAGUUGAGAAAGAUCGUGGUGAAGUUAACAUCCAAGUUUUGCUCAGAUGCAGGCCCUUAAGCGAGGAAGAACAAAAGUGCAACGUACCAAAGGUGAUAACAUGCAACGAACACAAAAGAGAAGUAGCAAUAUUGCAAAAUGUCGCCAACAAACAAGUAGACAAACUCUUCACCUUUGACAAGGUUUUCGGGCCCAAAGCACAACAGAGAUCAAUAUACGACCAAGCAAUCUUUCCUAUUGUAAAUGAAGUGCUUGAGGGCUUCAAUUGCACAGUUUUUGCAUAUGGUCAAACUGGUACUGGUAAAACAUAUACAAUGGAGGGAGGGAUGAGAAAUAAGGGUGGAGACUUACCUGCUGAGGCAGGGGUAAUUCCAAGAGCAGUUCGCCAAAUCUUUGAUACCCUAGAGGCUCAAAAUGCUGAUUACAGCAUGAAAGUUACUUUCUUGGAACUUUACAAUGAAGAAAUAGUUGACCUUCUUGCCCCUGAAGACAACACCAGAUCUUUAGAUGAGAGGCAAAAGAAGCCAAUUUCGUUGAUGGAAGAUGGGAAAGGCUGUGUUCUUGUAAGAGGUUUGGAAGAGGAAGCUGUAUACAGUGCAAAUGACAUAUAUACCCUCCUGGAACGAGGUGCAGCCAAAAGGCGUACAGCAGACACCUUGUUAAACAAACACAGCAGUCGUUCUCAUUCAGUUUUUACAAUAACUGUACAUGUGAAACAAGCAACUGUUGGAAGUGAGGAACUUAUUAAAUAUGGGAAGCUUAAUCUUGUUGAUUUGGCAGGGUCAGAAAAUAUUUCCCGGUCAGGUGCCCGAGAUGGUAGAGCAAGGGAAGCUGGAGAAAUAAACAAAAGUUUGCUUACAUUGGGUCGUGUCAUUAAUGCACUUGUGGAGCAUUCUGGUCAUGUUCCAUACAGAGAUAGUAAGCUGACAAGGCUGUUAAGAGACUCACUUGGUGGAAAGACCAAAACCUGCAUCAUUGCAACAGUUUCUCCAUCUGCUCAUUGUUUAGAAGAAACAUUAAGCACUUUAGAUUAUGCACAUCGUGCUAAAAACAUUAAAAACAAACCAGAGGCAAAUCAGAAGAUGUCUAAAGCUAUGCUUCUCAAAGAUAUGUAUUUGGAAAUUGAAAAAAUGAAACAAGAUCUUAGAGCAGCUAGGGAAAAGAAUGGUGUAUACAUUCCACAUGAAAGAUAUGCACAGGAUGAAUCUGAAAAGAAGUUGAAGAGUGAAAAGAUUGAGCAGCUGGAGAUUGAUCUAAGCAUCAGUGAGAAGCAAGUAGAUAAAUAUCGUGAACUCUAUGAAAGUGAAGAAGAAAAAAGAUUGAGUCUUGAAAGCGAUCUCAAAGAUUGCAAGGAAGAUUUGGAAAAAAGUAACAAGUCCUUACUGGAUAUUCAAGGAAAGCAUAGGGAAGCCAUGUCAAUGUUGAAGAAAAAGGAAUCUUUCAUCUCCAAACUUUUAGAUUCAGAAAACUGUCUAGUUGAACAUGCAAAAGGUCUGCGUAACAAAUUACAAGAUGCAUCAGAAGACAUUACUGGAUUGUUUUCAAAAAUAGAUUAUAAGAGCAAGUUAGAAGCAGAAAACCAAGGGCUACUUUUGUCAUUUGGUUGUGAGCUCGAUCACAGCCUAAAAGAUCUACAGAAAGUUGUAUUGAGUUCAGUUUCACAACAGCAGCAACAAAUGAGAUGCAUGGAAGAACAUGUCUCUGUGUUUCUUGAUACUAAACAUGAUAAAACUGAGGUUUUGGAAUCAAGGAUCAAGAACAUAACAGAGACAUACACAUCAGGCAUGAAGGUAUUAAAGGAGCUUGUUGACACACUGCAAACAGAAGCUUCUUCUGAUUUGGUUCAUAUGAAGUCCAGAAUAUCAGAUCAAACAUUGGCAAUCGAAAAUAUCUUUGAGAAUGCAGUCAUGGAGGCUAAAAAUGUCACAUGUGAUAUUCAGAAUUCUAUAGCUGAUCAGAAGCAAAUGCUGGCUGUAUCUGUUCAACAACAUGAAGAGGGACUACAUAAAAGUUUGGAGACUUCACACGAAAUCUCAAGGGCAGUAAUUGGUUUCUUCAACAAUCUGAGUCAGCGAGCUACCAAACUCAUGAAAGUUCUUGAAGAAAAUCAUAAAACAAGAUCACAUCAGCUAAAUGCAUUUGAGAAGAAUUUCAAGGAAGAUGCAGCCAGAGAAGAACAAUUGGCAAUAGAAAACAUUUCAACAAUCUUGAAGAAUUUGAUAGCAAAACAAACUUCAAGGGUUUCUGAGGCAUCACAAAAUCUUGACAACUUAAGUUCACAAGACAACAAGAUCUUGCUGCAAGACAUAUCCAACAUGUUGCAGACAUCAAAUGAUGGAAAGACUGAAGUGAAUGAAUAUAUAGAAAAGGCGAAAACUCAUUAUACAGAAGCCAUGUUUAUUUCAACUCAAAAUCAAUCAAUGAUGGAGAAUUGCUUUGAGGAUUGUACAAAUAAGGUUGGAAAAUCCUUGCAACACUGGAACAAUACAGAGUUGGUGAUUAAUCGUGUUAAUGAGAGCAGCAUAGUUGAGACAGAGUUCUUUAUAAGUGAAAAACUUCAUGUAAACAAACUUAGAAGUGAAGAGAUUGCUUCAACACACGUGUCAAUGGAUGCAAAAUUCCAUUCAGAUGCUACAGAUUUGAAAGCAUCUGUUAUUGAUUCACUCAUGGUGGAUAAAGAAAUGAAGAAAGAAAUUGAUUCUGUGUCAAAGACAUGCUUACAUCACCUUACAUCCUUAGAAGAUGAACAUGAUGAUAGAACAAAAAACAUGCUAAACCAAUCCGAGUGCCUAAAGAAAGAUUACAAGGUUGAUGAUGAUUCUGGUGUAAGAAAACGUGAAAUAGAUGUGCCUAGUUUGAUAUCCAUAGAGGCAAUGCGAACACUUGCUUUUGAAGAUCUUUUAGCAACAAAUACUGCUUAUGAAAACCGACAAAAGUGUGUGGAAAAUGGAAGCAAAGUGAAACAUCAUCAACAUUUAAGCUCGGGGUCUCCUAACCGAUGUCCUUUUGCAGAUGUUAACUAA